AUGAACAAACAACAUGUCUUCUCGCCGUUUGGCGACACGAAGGAAAAUGUACUUGAAGUCAGCCAACGGCCCGUUCCACCUCCAAGUCGCCCAUUCCAUGUGGUCAUUGCACCAGGACAGGCUAGGGAAGGACCCGUUCCACCUCCAAGUUGCCCGUUCCAUGUGGUCAUUGCCCCAGGACAGGCUAGGGAAGGACACAAACACACCAAGCAGGGACCACAUCCUCCUGAGGUUCAGUAUCCCUUGACACCGCAUCGUCAGAACCCAGGACCCAUUCCCACAUCGCAGACUUACCUGCGAACUCUGGUGUUAGAGCGUUGGGAUGCUGAGCUCAGGCGUUGUGACGAGGCGUGCAAAGUGCAACUCUCAGAACGCAUGCAAGGUCCUAUUUCUCACCAAACAUGUAACACAGAGAAGAAGCAGUGCGAAGAAGCACGCAAAGUCCAACUGUUGGAAAUCCUACUUGCAUCUCAUGGUAUCACUAGUCUAGUUUAG